AUGGCGGCGGCCGUUGCGGCGCCGCACGGUGAUCGCGGACGGGGAACGAAGAUGGGCGGCGUGAGGUUGGAGAUAUUCCGGAUGUGCCUUUACCUGUCAUUCCCAGUGACAGUGUUUUGGAUCUCCAAUCAAGCAGAGUACUUUGAGGAAUAUGUGAUCAAAAGAAAGAGAGAGAUCUAUCCACCAGAAGAGAAGAUGCGUCGGAAAGAGCUGGAAGACUUCAAGGAACGAAUGAGGGAAAAACGGGAACAAAAACUACUGCGUACACUAGAAACCCAAAAAACACAAGAACAGUAAAGCAGAGUCAAUAUUGCACAAGCUGCCUCCAACUUUCACCAGAUCUUCAUGUAAUUCAAGUGUUGGAAUUUUGCACGACUGUUUGUUUUUCUCUUCUCUGUGAAUCUUUAUCAGCUGUUGAUUAUUACAUAAAAGCCAAUCUGUAUGCAAAUCUUAAGUUAUUUUUUACAAAAUAAAAAUAGUACAUAGCUA